CUAAUAUCCAAGAUGGCGGCGGAGGGAGGAGGGAAGGAGGCGAACGAGAUCAAAACUCAAUUCAGCACACGCGAGGGCGUUUAUAAACUCCUGCCGAACUCCGAAUAUAGCCGUCCGAACCGCGUGCCUUUCAACUCGCAGGGCUCAAAUCCGGUUAAAGUGUCGUUUGUGAACGUAAACGACCAGUCCGGUAACGGCGAGAGAAUCUGUUUCAAUGUGGGCCGAGAGCUUUACUUUUACAUUUAUAAAGGCGUCAAGAAGGCGGCGGACUUGAGCAAACCCAUAGACAAGCGUAUUUAUAAAGGAACUCUUCCCACAUGUCACGACUCUAAUGCGCUGACGGCCACGGCAGAGAGCGUCUCACUGUUAGUGGGCUUUUCUGCAGGACAAGUGCAGCUCAUCGACCCCAUCAAGAAGGAGACCAGCAAACUUUUAAUGAAGACACUCAUAGACAAGUCUGCGGUGACGUGUCUGAAGUGGAUCCCAGGAUCUGAGAAUCUGUUCCUGGUGUCGCACAGCAGCGGAUGUUUAUACCUGUACAACGUGGAGCACACUUGCGGAACCACUUCACCGCAUUACCAGCUCCUGAAGCAGGGCGAGAGCUACGCCGUCCACACUGGCAAGAGCAAAUCCGCCCGCAAUCCCCUGCUGCGCUGGACGGUCAGCGAGGGUGCGGUCAACGAAUUUGCAUUUUCGCCCGACGGAAAGUUUCUAGCGUGCGCCGGACAGGACGGAUUCCUGCGCGUUUUCUGCUUUGAUUCUGCCGAACUUCAUGGCACCAUGAAAAGCUACUUCGGCGGGCUGUUGUGUGUGUGCUGGAGCCCUGAUGGACGAUACAUCGUAACUGGCGGUGAAGACGAUUUAGUGACAGUUUGGUCAUUUUCAGACUCUCGCGUCAUCGCUCGCGGACGUGGACAUAAAUCGUGGGUUAGUGUAGUGUCGUUUGACCACUGCAUCACUAGCGUUCAGGACUGUGAUGCGGAAUUCAGUGGAAGCGAUGAAGAUUUUCAGCUGCAGUUCAACGGAAAUCGUGAACGCGCAAAUAGCGCACAGUCUAGAAUAUCGAAACGAAACUCUACAGAUGGCCGGAGCGUGACUUACCGGUUUGGUUCGGUUGGUCAAGACACGCAAAUGUGCUUGUGGGAUUUAACGGAAGAUAUUCUGUUUCCUCUAACGAGAACUAGAACUCAAACUAACGUCACGAACGCGGAAACGACGACGCUCGGUGCUAAUGGGAAUAAUAGCGCAAAUUCUCCAUUACCACGUUCGAAUAGUUUACCACAGUCAUCUGGUAACAGUCCGAUCGCUCAUAAACCACAGAGUAUCGUAGAUAGCGCUUUAAUCGCGACUGGGGUGAGUAAAUUCGCAACGCUAGCUCUGCACGAAGCGAGAAAGGAGAAGGAGCAUAAGCGCAAUCAUAGCAUAAGCUACAUUAGCAACAAGAGCAGCGACAAGCUGAAUCAGCUAAUAGGCUCACGCGGCGGUAAAUCGGACGGGUGUAAGACGCUGGGAACCAUGCAGUGUCCACGCAUGGAGGAGAUCCCGCUACUGGAGCCGCUUAUCUGCAAGAAAAUCUCCCACGAGCGGCUCACAGUUCUGAUCUUCCUGGAGGACUGUCUGGUCACGGCCUGUCAGGAGGGAUUCGUCUGCACGUGGGCGAGACCUGGAAAACUGGGUUUGUUGUCGUCCCAGAACCCGACCAACUCUCCCAGCGGGACAGUCGUAUAGCCAAAAACUGAGUCCAUCCGGACGCAUUCAGAUCACUGUUCACACUCGCAUCCAGAGCAGAUUUCACCGUUAAAUCAACCCAGAGGGAAACAAAUGCAGCAAUGCUCGGUUUUCUUCACAAUUAAAGGGAUAGUUCACAAAAAAAAUGGAAAUUUACAGUUCGUUUACUUGCCUUCCAGUCAUUGACGAUGCUUUUUUUUAAUUCAGCAGAACUUUAAAGAGGAUUUAUAGCUCUGUUUGUGAUCCAUGAUGAUUCUUGUAAUGUAAGUCAGUGGUUACCAGCUUUCUAGAUUAAAUUGAACACAUAAUAACAAGUCCACAUCACUUCCUCUAACUCCACGGGUCCGUUCUUCAUACGUGGAUUACUCAGUUAGCUGUAUUUGGAUAUUGACGAUUUGACACGAUCCAGGAUUGUUUAGUUCUUCAAAACUCAUCUGAGACUUGUUGUCGUAGCAACAGUUCUGGUAGCUCAAACCUGCUCGGAAGCAGGCUAUUUUCAUAUAAACAGGAUUAGAUGGGGUCAUUUCGAGCAAAGGUAUUACUAAAAGUAUGCAGCGAAUUCUGAUAUUUUCUCACAGUAGUUAUAUAGUAAAUAGUAAAUAUAUAUUUUUAACUAUGUAUAAAAAGUAAAAAAAUAUAUGUUAAUAAAACUUCAAUCUCCACUCCAAAAUAAAAGUACAAAGACUGCCACCUGGUGGUUCAAAGAGAACAUUUAUUGAUAUGAACUUUUUAGAUACAAACUCACAUGCACAAUUUUCCACUUCUUUUUCUAAAAGGAUAAUAAUAUAUGCAGUCAUGCACGUGUUUUGACCGCUAAUAUACCAGUGAUUUGAUGCUUUGCAAAGGUUGCAGACACCUUUACCGAUAUCAAAAUGCUUUUUUGAUGCAAAAUUAAUGUAUACAGUUAUUCCUUACGUCGAUUAAAAAAACUUGAGUAGGCCUAGGCUACUAUAAAGAAAAUCUUCUCUAAAUGUUGAACUACAUUGAUAUGCAUUGAAAUACAUGAUGAAUACUCUUGACAGAUGAGAGUGUAAAGCAUGCAGUUCACAACAGAUGUGUAAAGUUAUUGCGGAUCAUAUUUAACAAACCGUUUACUGAUAAUUUGAUGUCAUUUUGCUCACAUGGAUAAUUAAAUAUUAAUCAGAUGAUGUCAUUACGCUGCUGUGCCGUCAGCCAAUCAUUGCAUUGCUGAUCAUGAUAUAGAGGAUCGAUAGAUCUGUCCUUCACAACACACGCAUCUGUCUGUCUGUCUGUCUGUCUAUCCUUUUGUACAUGUAUCUAUCUGUCAGUCUGUCUGUCCGUCCAUCCAUCCAUCCAUCCAUUCAUUCGUAUAUGUACAGUAUCUAUCAAUCUGUGUCUAUCUAUCCAUCCAUCCGCCUAUAUAUAUAUAUCCAUCCAUUCUGCGAUCCAUAUAUAUAUUCGUCUGUCCGUCCAUGUAGCCUUACGUCUAUAUGUCCAUAUAUCCAUCCAUUCGUAUAUGUGUCUGUCUGUCUGUCUGUCUGUCUGUCUGUCUGUCUGUCUGUCUGUCUGUCUGUCUGUCUAUCUAUCUAUCUAUCUAUCUAUCUAUCUAUCUAUCUAUUUAUCUAUUUAUCGAUCUAUCUAUCUAUCUAUCUAUUUAUUUAUCUAUCUAUCCAUCCAUCCAUAUGUUUCUCUGUCUGUUUGUCCAUCCAUGCAUCCAUCUGUAUAUGUCUAUUCAUCUGUCCAUCCGUCUGUCUAUUAUCUAUAUAAUAUUGUAAAUAAUGUAGAUUUUCUUGCACAGACUGACCAUUUCUCUUCAUAAAGGCUCAGAGUUUGAUCAGGAGCCACAGGGAGUGAUGUGGACGUGCUGUUAUGUGUUUAAUUGAAUCUAAAAAAACAGGUAACCACUGACUGACAUUAUAAGAAUCACCAAACGCCACAGUCAGCUAAAAAUCUUCUUUAAUUCACAGCUGAAGAGAAAAGUCACCUACAUCUUGGAUGACUUGAAGUAGAGUAAAAUAACUGAAUUAUUAAUUAUUAAAUAACUAAAAUGUUCAUUUUUGGCCCUCAGUUUAAAGGGUGACACUUUAGUUUGAGUCACAAUUCACACUAUUAACUACAAACUCAUUGCCUGCCUAUUAUUAAUUAAGAUAUUAACUGUUUGUUAGCACUUAUAAAGUAUAUUAUUCUACAUCCUCAAUACUAAAACCCAUCUACUACCUUACUAACUAUCAAUAAGCAGAUAAUUAGUAGACUAUUGUGCUAAAAGUGGUUUGUGAUUAGCGUGAAUUGUACAUUAAAUGAAAGUGUUGCCAUUUAAAUUAAUGUAUAGAUGUUUCUGUCUGCCACGGGUUAAUACAAUUAACAUUUUUCCUUCAAUUCAGCAAUAAUUGUGCAACAAUUCAAUUCAUCUUUAUUUCUGUAGCGCUUUUACAAUGUAGAUUGUGUCAAAGCAGCUUAACGUAGAAGUUCUAGUCAGUUGAAACUGUGCCAGUCCAGUUUUCAGAGUUCUGUUCAGUUCAGUGUGGUUUAAUAUUCACUGCUGAAAGUCCAAACGCUGAAGAGCAAAUCCAUCCAUGCGCAGCUCUACAAGUCCCAAACCAAGCAAGCCGGUGGCGAGAAACAAACUUCACCGAUUGACGAAAGUGAAGGAGAAAACUAGGAGAGAAACCAGGCUCAGUUGGGCACGACCAUUUCUCCUCUGUCCAAACUUCCUGUGCAGAGCUGCAGUCCAGGCGCCGGAGGCUGGAGUUAACACUACUUUAAUAUCUUACAUGAGCAAAUGCAUUUAUUUAUUAUAUAUUUUCCCCAUAACCUCUUUCAGUUAGUGUGAAAUCUGAGUUAAUAUCUCACAAUUUUAACGUUUGUUUUUAUUUGUGCAAUUCUGAUAAUUAUUGUAAUUAAUUAUGUUGUAGAAGAAAGCUUGCAUAGAAGUGCAGUAUAUCCACCGUGUCUCAAAAAAUCCAAGCAAAUUAAUUCUGUCAGAAUUUCAUCAAAAUGCCUCCAACUUUAGCUUCCUUCAGCUUAGUUCCAUUAUUUAUCAGGGGUCGCCACAGCGGAAUGAACUACUAACUAUUCCCGCAAAUGUUUUACACAGCGGAUACUCUACGGCCAAUUUAGUUGAUCAAUUCCCCUAUAGCGCAUGUGUUUGGACUGUGGGGGACACCGGAGCACCUGGAGGAAACCCACGACAACAUGGGGAGAAGUACCGAUUCCUUCUCAUGGUGAUCGGCCGAGACCGAGUACCGAUUCCUUGUCAUGGUGAUCGGCCGAGAUCGAGUACCGAUUCCUUGUCAUGGUGAUCGGCUGAUACCGAGUACCGAUUCCCUGUCAUGGUGAUCGGCUGAUAUUGAGUACCGAUUCCUUGUCAUGGUGAUCGGCUGAUAUUGAGUACCGUUUCCUUGUCAUGGUGAUCGGCUGAUACCGAGUACCGAUUCCCUGUCAUGGUGAUCGGCUGAUAUUGAGUACCGAUUCCUUGUCAUGGUGAUCGGCUGAUAUCGAGUACCGAUUCCUUGUCAUGGUGAUCGGCUGAUAUUGAGUACCGAUUCCUUGUCAUGGUGAUCGGCUGAUAUUGAGUACCGUUUCCUUGUCAUGGUGAUCGGCUGAUAUUGAGUACCGAUUCCUUGUCAUGGUGAUCGGCUGAUAUUGAGUACCGAUUCCUUGUCAUGGUGAUCGGCUGAUACCGAGUACCGAUUCCCUGUCAUGGUGAUCGGCUGAUAUUGAGUACCGAUUCCUUGUCAUGGUGAUCGGCUGAUAUUGAGUACCGUUUCCUUGUCAUGGUGAUCGGCUGAUACCGAGUACCGAUUCCCUGUCAUGGUGAUCGGCUGAUAUUGAGUACCGAUUCCUUGUCAUGGUGAUCGGCUGAUAUCGAGUACCGAUUCCUUGUCAUGGUGAUCGGCUGAUAUUGAGUACCGAUUCCUUGUCAUGGUGAUCGGCUGAUAUUGAGUACCGUUUCCUUGUCAUGGUGAUCGGCUGAUAUUGAGUACCGAUUCCUUGUCAUGGUGAUCGGCUGAUAUUGAGUACCGAUUCCUUGUCAUGGUGAUCGGCCAAUAAAGAGUACCGAUUGCUUGUCAUGGUGAUCGGCCAAUAAAGAGUACCGAUUCCUUGUCAUGGUGAUCGGCUGAUAUUGAGUACCGAUUCCUUGUCAUGGUGAUCGGCCGAUAUUGAGUACCGAUUCCUUGUCAUGGUGAUCGGCCGAAUAUAUAUAUUAAAUAUAUUUAAUAUUUUUCUAUAGCAUAUAAAUUUGGCUUUACUAGUUUUUGGAGCAUUAUUAUAAGUUAUUUAGUUAGAUAAGCUCCAGGUUUGGCUUCAGUAGUGACUAAUCUAAUGUAUAGACCAUUUUGAGGGAUGUAAACAAAAACAAUGGUCACAACGUAUUUCCUGUUUCACAUUUUUAAUUUCUAGAGCUUCUGAGAAUCCAAACAGAGCCACAUAUUGAUCAAUAAUGUCAUGAUAGCUGUUGUUCCAGGUAUGAAAUAGUUUGAUAACAAUCAGGAAAUGUUCAUGGGCAAAUGAGUGUACUUAUAUAUGCUGAGCACUGAAUAUUAUUGCUCGUUUUUUUGGAGACACGGUGUGUUAUCAGUAGUACUAUAAUAAAAUGUGUUGUGCCAAUUCUUUAGAUAAAUACACAGGUCUGAACAGGGUAACUCUUCACUUCUAGUACAUUUAAGCAAAUUAUUAUUUUGCUAACACUUUAAUAUAAGCUUAAAUUAAGUAUUUACUACCAUGAAUAAUACAUUUAUUACAGGAUUUAUUCAUCUCUGUUAAUGUUAGAUAAUAAAAAUAGUCACGCAUUGUUAGUUUAACUCGCAGUGCAUUAACUAAUGUUAACAAGCAUUCAUUAAUAUGUUAAUAAUGCACUAGUUAAUGUUAAACUAUGAUUAAUAAAUGCUGUGCAAGUAUUGUUCAUGUUAGUAAAUACAUUAAUGAAACCUAAUAGUAAAGUGUGACCACUAUUAUUUAAUGUUUUAAUAUUUCUCGACAGAGAAUUGGGGAAUAAUCAAGAAAAUAUUGCCAUAAUUAAAACAAACACACAUUUUUAAUGGUAAUCUGCUGUGAAAUAUGAUGUUCUGAGUGUCUGCUGUUGAGUUCAGCAUUUUCAGUAAUUGUUCUCAUUGUUUUGUUGAUUUUCUUCUACUAUAUAGAUAGAUAUAGUCAUAGUUUGUGGAUCACUGUCUAAUCCUUCCUCUCUUCCACUGGAAAAACCAGCAGACUGUGUGUUUGUGGAGCUCUUUGGCACUGAUUGUGUGUGUUUUUAUUUUCUGUAUAUGUUGAAAUCAUGCUUCUGUUAAAGAGUCAAAGGAGAAAAUCUUUUUUUGCACUAAAUAACUGGAUGAAAACGGCUUUAUAAAUGUGCAGAGGACUCGCUGGAAAUGCUGUACGUGCAUUAAAGAAGGAGACAUCUCUUGGAAAAUGUAUUUUACUAUUGUUUCAGAUGAAACGGGUUAUUGUACAGUGUGUAAAUAGUGUAAAUGACUGAUUUAUGAUGGAUUGAAAUAAUAAUAAUGACACGGGAUAGGACACAGUUGUAUUUCUAAUACAGAGGAAUUUAUAUAAAUCUAUAUAUAUAUAUAUAUCUGAAAUUAAAAUGAUGUUAUGUUUA